UUCCAUAGAUUUGUUUCCGGACGGUACAUAUCGGACAGUUACACUAGUCUUGUUUGUGGAUUUAAGGAAUGCUGUGAAAUAUUGACACAACCAGUCUGUUGUUCUUAUCCAAUGGGCUGACAGCGGGGGCGGGCCAUAAUGCUGAGUGACAUUCCUCGGGAUGCCCUGCUCCGCCCACUCACCCGGAAUGAAGUUGUGGGGAUGUUGGUGAGGCUGACCGUGUUUGGUGCUGCAACAUAUUACAGCAUCAAAUGGGUGGUGGAUGCUUUGGACCCGACACAAAAACAAAAAUCCCAAGCCAAGAAAAGGGCAGAGCAAUUGAUGAAGCAGAUAGGUGUAGAGGGUGUCAGUCUUACGGAGUAUGAGAUGAACAUCGCCACUCUUCUGGUUGAUCCUCGCAGCAUCAAAGUGACCUGGAGAGAUGUUGCUGGGCUAGAUGAGAUCAUCUCAGAGAUGCAAGACACUGUCAUCUUGCCUUUCCAGAAACGUCAUCUCUUCAGUGGUUCUAAGCUCUUGCAACCUCCCAAAGGUGUACUAUUGUAUGGACCCCCAGGAUGUGGAAAGACAUUAAUUGCCAAAGCAACAGCAAAAGCAUCUGGAUGCCGCUUUAUUAAUCUACAGGCCUCCACUUUGACUGACAAGUGGUACGGCGAAUCGCAGAAGUUGACCGCUGCUGUUUUCUCAUUGGCUGUCAAGAUUCAGCCAUGCAUCAUUUUCCUUGAUGAAAUAGAUUCAUUCCUGAGAAAUCGUUCCAGUAUGGACCAUGAAGCCACUGCUAUGAUGAAGGCCCAGUUCAUGAGUCUGUGGGAUGGACUUGACACAGGAGAAAACAGCCAGGUAAUGGUGAUGGGAGCCACUAACAGACCACAGGAUGUGGAUGCCGCAAUACUGCGCAGAAUGCCUACUGCCUUUCAUGUAGGCCUGCCUAAUGCAGCUCAAAGAGAAGAAAUCCUUAGACUCAUCCUGUCUGGUGAAAAUCUAAGUAAUGCAAUUAACCUGAAGGAAAUCGCGAGUCAAAGCGAGGGCUACUCCGGCAGUGAUCUGAAAGAGCUGUGCAGGGACGCCGCCAUGUACCGUGUCAGAGACUACGUCCGCAAACAGCAGAUGAAACAGAUCGCACAACAGUUCCAACUGGACGAAGAGGAAGAGCAUGUGGACAGCAGGCAGCUCAGGCCCGUGACUCAACUGGACCUGCUGUUUGGCCUAGAUAAGAUGAGAGAGUCCAAACAGGCCACAGCUACAACUGACCCAGCAAAUCUGAGAGAGGUGCCUCUGGACUGAAAAAACUCUCGCUUUACACAUUCACAAAUUCUCUCUCACACCUCUUUUUUCCCACCUCAUCUUUUUUUACUCCUUUUUAAAUUAUUUUUUCUGCCUUUUUUACAUUUCUGUUACAUCUCAAACAUUCAUUUUUCCACUGUAAUGAAUGAAAUAAGAUAUUCAAGAAAGUGACUGUGCAUAUUUAUAGUAAAACAAUACUAAAUUGGGA